GCUCCGAUCAAUGAAACUCGCCAGCUCGAGUAAAUCGCGUAGUAAAAUACGGUCGCAGACCCCUAGCCUGCAGCUAUUCCUAAUCAGUGAUUAAAAACAAAUGCGGCAUAAUACACACGAAAUCCUAAUCGUAACCAAGUGCGUGUUUUAUAAGUGCGUGAAAUUGUGUCGUGUGUUUAUUUCUAUACAAUCAUGAACUACUGUGAAGAGACGAGUAACUGCAGACUGUUUCUGUACUGCUACUACUACUACACACCUGAAGAAUCAAGGGGGUUGCUUGGAAGGGAGUAGGAGUAUAUUCAACCCUGAUCAUGUCAUGUACAUAAUGAUGCACUACUCGUGUUGAUAGCUGACGAGGUUUAGGGGGAUGAUUUAAAUAGGCCAUGGGCAAGGACCAGGAGCUCCUCGAAGCAGCGAGGAACGGCAACGUAGCCGUCGUCGAGAAGAUACUUGGCCAGCGCGCCAAGAGAAGUGGUCCUUUGGCAAGUUUACGCCGAGGUCAAGGUGCUAAUGUCCAAGACUCGAGUGGUUAUUCAGCUCUACACCAUGCAGCUCUGAACGGCCACAAGGAAGUAGUGAAGCUACUGCUCCAGCACGAGGCCUCGACCAAUAUCGUCGAUGCCAAGGGCUCUUCUCCGCUUCAUUUAGCGGCAUGGUCUGGGAACUCGGAAAUUUUGCGAUUAAUUCUGAGUCAAGGACCGUCGGUGCCGAAUGUCAACCUAACGACGAAGGACAAUGAGACAGCGUUGCACUGUGCUGCUCAAUACGGGCACACGGAAGUAGUGGCGCAGUUGCUGCAGCACGGGUGCGAUCCCAGCAUCCGCAAUAGCCGUGGCGAGUGCGCCCUGGACCUCGCGGCACAAUACGGCAGGUUAGACACGGUGGAGCUGUUGGUGCGUAAUCAUCCCGAGCUAAUUGAGUCCCUGCGCAGUGCCUCGUCUUCUUUAAUCUUUCCGCACACGCCUCUACACUUGGCUUCACGUAAUGGCCACCGAGCUUGCGUGGAGGUGUUGCUCGAUGCAGGUGUGGACGUCAACACUCGGACGUCAGCGGGGACGGCGAUGCACGAAGCGGCGCUUUGCGGUAAAAUGGAAGUCGUGAGGACGCUCCUGGAUCGAGGAGUGGACCUCUCGAUAAAAGACUCGCGGCACAACACGGUGCUCGACUUGCUCAGCCAGUUUCCGGUGCACGUGACCCAGGACAUAACUGCUGUGAUCAAAAGACAUCGCGCGUCGUGCGGAAUCGAAAGUGACGCCGAGAGUGAGAAUUUACCGCCAAUUCCUGUGCAAGGCAGCAACUCGCUGGGUAGCCCGUAUGAAAAUGUGCGACCUGGUGAUGACCUGUCCCCUAUGGAUCCUUCGAUUGGAGAGCGAUCAUCGCCCUCGCGGUGGCAGCUGUACCACAAGCCCCGAGACGAUGAUCGCCGGGUAUCGGCCAACUCUGCGAUGUCACUCGAAGAGGAGUCUUACUCGGGUGAAAUACUGGACGAGGAUGCAUGGAGGCACCUCCACCUGACCGAGGACUCGGGCCUAAGUUCUGUCUUUGACAGUGUCUUUAUGUCAAUGUCAAUGUCCGACACACUGAACUCGAUAAACACCCUCGCAAGCUCAGACCAAACACCCGAAGACAGACCACUUAACACUACCACCACCACCAUCAACACCACCAUCACCACCCUGAUCAUAACACCGUCACGAGACACUAUACGGGGUUCGGACAGCGGCCUUUACCAAAUACCGCCGGUCUCCCGAGGUAUCGAUGUCACCAGUGGUGGCUACGCUUCCGAGGAUCAGCUGUCCCUGACUCCAGGCUGCUACGGUGGUCGCGAAUCUGACCAGCUGAGCGUGUCCUCGUCGUCGAGCAUAGGCGGUCCAAGUCCACGGGAUCGACGCUGCAUACCCAGUGAUGCCUCGUCAUCGGGAAUCUAUCUACCGAUGGGACCCAUCUCCAAUUCAUUGCACAGUCCCGCCUCCAGCAGUAAGGUUUCGCCAACACCCCCGAAGAAGCCACCCCGGCGCAACCUCUCCGUAUCCCCGACCCACCUGCAGAGCCAAAUGUCGCUUUCGGUCGACGGCCACGUGGGCCCGGGUAACUACGAAUACUUGUUUCUGGCCCGCACGGGUGGCGCCGGCCGGGGUCAGAUCGACCUGGAGGAGCUGCAGGCCCGCCGUGGCCAGCUGCGCCACGUCACCCGCAGCGUCGACCAAUACGUGGACAUGAAGCCCCGGGGCGAGCACCGCCCGGCAGAGAGCGACGCCGAGCCGGUUGCCAUAACCUCGCUCCACGGGAACAGACCGAUGCGGGUGACGAACCCACGACGGAAGCUACGCAGACACGCCUACGAGCGUUACUCGGGCCAUGAGAACUACGAGAUGGACAGUAGCCCCGUGGCGGACAAGUCGCCCGGGAGCGAGGGUGGCCCGGAGAGGGCGACCUACGUUUCCAGCGCCUUCUUCACCCUCAAGUCGUCCCAAGAGAGCCUGCUCGACGAUUCGAAGAGGGACGGGCCGGAGGAGGCCACCGACAAGAGGCUCAAGCGCGUGCAGAUGCUCCUGCCCACGAGCCCGACCCACUACGCCCAGCCACCCACGCCCGACCAUCCGCCACCCUCGGCCCUCCAAGCCGAGAAAUCCAUUCACGAGCGCAUUCGGCCACUCAGUCAGGUUUAUAAGCGUCGCUCACGAGAUAUGGAGACAGAAACAGACGAGGAACUGCUACUGCAGUUUCCUGUCACAGGGACUAUGGCGCACAACAACAAUAAUAACAACAAUAACAACAACAACGGCAACUCAUUGGACGCAUCAAGUGGCUCGCUAUCCUCGGUCUCGCUCUCGGACAAGAGCAUGUCUACGGACACCAACGUCGAAGAGUACUUCGGUGAUGUGCCCUUCGCAGGUCUAUUGAAGGGCUCGGUGUCCGUGGCGGAGCGCCCGCGCACGCUGCGUCGGCUGCGCAACGUCUACUCGCCGGCAGCGGUUGCAGGUGUCCAGAGCAUGGGCACCGGAGCCGAGCCUGCCGGUGAUGGCGAGCCCCGGGACCUGCCACGUGCAUCCUCGGGUCCAUCCACUGGACCAUCCGCUGACAAAGAUACCGACAAAACCCUGAGCGUCAUGAGUCCCUUCGACGAGCAGGAGGAGUGGGCCAAGAUAUCGGAGAUCAUGGCCUCUUUUGGCACUGGCCUCGUACGCGAGUCCGUCUUUGUUAAGGAGCUGGAAAACGAGUUCCAGGCAAGGCUUGGCUUGAGCUCGGAUACCGGCAGCCCGUGCGCGCUAACGUUAGUGGGUCAAUGGUUAUCGAAACUAAACUUGGCAGAGUACGAGUCGCUCUUCGUCAACUAUGGAUACGACGAUCUAGAAUUUAUUAACGGAUUGUUGGAAGACACGGACCUCAAGGAGAUGGGCAUAAUGAGCGAAAAGGAACGAGCAGUUAUCCUCGACGCGGUGUCACUUCUGAACAAGCGAGUGGAGAAGCAGAUUCCGAGUCACCAGUCAGCGAACCAGACGGUGGACGAAUGGCUCGACUCGAUACACCUGUCCGGGUACGCGGAUCUGUUCAGGCGGCACCUGUACACGGACAUGGAUCGCGUGCGAAGGGUCUGGGAGGUCGAGCUCGCGGCUGUGCUUGAGAUACAAAAACCGGGACAUCGGAAACGCAUUUUGACGUCGGUGAACAGCGACAGUACCAACGGCCAAGGCACGAUCACCAAGUCGUAUUCUGAAGCAUACGUACGCAAUGGCAGAGCUGAGUCGAACCUCGACGAUCUGAACAAGGACCUUAACACUUUGAAAACGAAUAUACAACAACUGAAGGAUGAGAUUCGCGAGAAGCUGCCAGACUCGGUGCAGAACAACGGCGUGGCGACGCCAACGUCAACGACUGCAGCGACAUCCUCGACAACCACGGCAACGACAACAGCGACGACAAACACUACCGGAACUCUGAGGCACAGGAAGAACCGGCCGGCACCACCACCACCGCUAAAGCCACAGAGCACACAGCAAAAUGGUACGACUGUGCAAGCUCCCGAGCAUCUCGAGAUUCGUGGCCCGUCCGAGCUACUGUUUGGAGUCCCCUCGACGCUCAAGACUCAGUGGAGACAUCAGCCCAAGGAUCUAGUCACUGGAUGCGUUACAUACGUCGCCAACUACUUGGGCUCGACGGUUGUGAAAGAAUUGCGUGGCACGGAGUCAACAAAAAAGUCCAUUCAAAAGUUGAAAAAGGUUCAGGAUUGUCGAGACCAUAGGUGCACCCCGGGCAUAACGCUGUCCAUAUCCUAUCGUGGCGUUCAAUUUCUUAACCCACUGACGGAUGAGCCAAUUUGCGAGCACGAAAUACGGAACAUCCAUUGCGCUUGUCAAGAUGCAGAUGAUCUGACGCACUUUGCUUACAUUACCAAAGAUCACGCGAGUCGUACACACUUCUGUCAUGUAUUCUGCGUGCCAACAAUGGACCAAGCAACCGAAAUAAUCCUGACGCUGGGUCAAGCAUUCGAGGUUGCUUACCAAAUCGCCUUGAAAGACAAGCUUGGCGGCCAUGCGACCCGCUCUCAAUCAGCCACCCAGCUAGCCAGUCUCGCGUCCUCCACAUCUAACUCCAGUGGCAACGCCAAGCUGACGAGCUCCCUGUCAGUCGAGACCAGCCAACCACCCAACAACGACCGGCCGAGCAACCACCACACCCACACCGCUCCGAGAACAAAGCCGCGCUCCAAAACUCUCAUCUGCAACCCCUUCAUUGGCACCGGUGGGUCGACCAAUAAUUCCACCUCUCCCAGCUCGAGUCUGGCCGCCCGACAGCAGCUGAACAGAAUGCCCAGUCCCAACAAGACCACGACGACCAACUCGAACUCUCACUUUAACAGUUCGAGUAACUCGGCCAACGCCCAGGCGAUCAAGCUGCUAGCCACGCACGGGAGAUCGCAUUCCGUCAACGACAUCAAACUCAACGGUAGCCAGAUGAAAGUCAGACCGGCGCCGGUCGACGACAUUGGCAUCGGCGUCAAGGACAUGAAGCCUGGCUCUAGGGCGCCCAUCGCAAUAUCGGAGGAGCUUUAAGCGCACUCUUUUUUUUUUUUUUUUACUUUACGUUUAUUAAUUUUUGUUUUUUCAUUGUCUGUCCAACGAUGAUGCGCGGUGGUAUUCCGUUCGACGAUCGGUUGAAUUCGCCGAGUUUUUUCCGCAUCUUUGUCAAUGUUACGUGUAAAUUUUGUGAAGUUUGUACAUAAGAAAGACUACGGAAGAGGGACAAAGGGGGGGGGGGGUGUAUAGUUGAAAAAUGAAAAUGUAGAAGGUUGAGUCGUAGUGACGAUGCUGAUGAUGAACGAAUCUGUGACAGACGAACUGUUGACGGUGACAUAAUAGACAACGACGAUUUUUUGAAAUGAUGCGAUACAUACAGUAACGUUGCACUGCUGCAACAGCUAGUGGGGUUUAUUUUCACGAGGUUAUUAUUUUUAUCAUCACUGUCAUUUUUCAUUCAUUGUUUCGCUCCAUCACGUUUGUCAAACAUUUACGUUUCAUGUUUGUAGAUUAA